AUGGGGACGUGCAUUCCAUUCAAAACAUAUAUUGCAGAAAACCUCAGUAGGCACCCUACCACAUCAGUUUUGCAAAGUUCGACGUACGGAUCUAAUAUUGCAACACUGGUGAUUGAUGGUGAUAAAAGAACUUCAGAAAAGUAUUGCGCUCACACAGAAGUAAAUCAGACAAAGGCAUGGCUUCAAAUAGAUCUUGGAAAACCCUUCAACAUAGAAAGUGUAAAAAUAUUUUAUAGAAACGAACGUUUUUGGAAGCCCUAUCGAUUCAGACAGUUUUACCUAGAUGUAUCAAACACGUCAGCAACACAAACAAAAACGGCUCAUAGAACUCGAUGUUACACUGACAAUACCACAUACCCAGCAGUACCUCCAAACGUAAUAGACAUACCUUGUAAACACACAGCUAGACACGUCAUUGUGAAGACCACGUAUGACGCACCUGAAGAUAACCCAACUAGGGGGGCUAUCUUAGAAAUCUGUGAAAUAGAGGUGUAUGGAUAUAACAGCGGUGAAACAAAUGCCGCGUCAAAAGACACCACCACAGCCACAUCGACAGCCAUCACCGCAACCGGUGGAGAUAGGGUGUAUUCAGGUGUACCUACCCUGGGCACCACCACCACAAGAUAUUACAGAGGACAGCCUGUCGCCACCGCCUUACCCCUUCCGGUUAACACCAACUCCUCCACCAUAACAGCGACAGCCAUCCCCGCGGAUAAUCAAUGUAUGAGUUAG